AUGUACUAUCUCCCCACUUCUUGUCUAAUCUUCUUCUUCUUCUUCCUCUUCUCCUUAUUCCACCCUCUUUCUUGUUCUUCAAGUAGAGUUGAAUUGUGUGAUGAGGCUCUGUUUCGGUGUGGGAACAUCACGGCUGGUUUCCCCUUCUGGGGAGGGAAACGUCACAAACAUUGCGGUCAUCCAUUCCUGAAGCUUCAAUGCAACAUGGACAGCACUUCUAUAUUCAUGUCAGAUCAAGAGUUCAUUGUUCUACAUCUAAAUCAAACAUCCAACACUCUUACACUUGCCAGAACAGAUCAUCAUCUGGGUUCUUUUUGCUCCUUUAAUUUCACCAACAUAACCUUGCCUCCAGAAUUUUUCGAGCUUUCCUCAACCUACAAGAGCCUCACUGUAUUCUACCACUGCGAGCCUUCUCUUUCUCACCUUUGGAGUGAUAAAUGUCCAGAGAUUGGUCAUACCUCAGUCUCUGAAUACCCUUAUCAUCAUAACACCUGUCCUUCCAAAUUCACCUUGAACCUUCCUAGUAACUUUUUUCUGGAAGAGAAAGAAUCGAGUUUGGCACAUUUGGAAAGUGCUCUACAAGAAGGUUUUGAUGUGAAUGUGAAGAUCGAUGUGAACGCGUGUCGAAAAUGUUUAUCCUCUCAUGAAAGAUGUGUAUUCAUCGAAUCCUUGACAUCAGGAUUCACAUGCGAUCAACCACCAACUGACACGCUGUUCAUAGAUCUCAAUCAAGUCAUGUACUAUCUCCCCACUUCUUGUCUGCUCUUUUUCGUCCUUUUCUCCUUAUUCCACCAUCUUUCUUGUGCUCCAAGUAAAAAAGAACCUGGAUGGUGUGAGGCUCUGUUCGAGUGUGGGAACAUCACCGCAGGUUUCCCCUUCUCUGGUGGGAACCGUCCCCAAUUUUGCGGUCACCCAUCACUGGAGCUUCACUGCUAUAAAAACACCACAUCUAUGAUCAUCUCAAACCAUCUCUACGAUGUUCUCCAUAUAGAUCCAAAAUCUAAGACUCUUAGACUCGACAGAUCAGAGCUUAGAGUCUCUUUUUGCAACGCUACAUUCACAGCCGCAACCUUGCCUCCUGAUAUCUUUGAGCUUUCACCAACCUACAAGAGCCUCACUGUCUUCUACCUCUGCAACCCUAAGCUUCCUUACCAUUCGAGCUAUACCUGUCCUGGUAGAGGUCUUAUCUCAGUAUCUCAAACCCUUGAUUAUCACAAUUCUUGUGAUGACAGUUUCACAAUUAACGUUCCUAAGAGCUUCGUUCCAGAAGAGAAAGAGUUGAACAUUACCAAUUUGGAAAGUGCUUUAAGAGAAGGGUUUGAUGUGAAGCUGAAGAUUGAUGAGAAAGCGUGUCAAGGAUGUUUAUCCUCUAAUGGAACAUGUGGCUUCGAUAGUACACAGGUUUGCUGCAAGAAUGCCUCAUCAUCAGUAUGCAGUAGAGUCCAUCCAACUGAUGCUGAUGAGCAUCACAGACGCUGCAGUCAACCGUUUAGUUGCGGCAAUCAGAAUGAUCUCUCGUACCCAUUCUGGAUUACUGGCAGAGACGAGUGCGGCCACCCUGAGUACAAGCUCGAAUGUAACACAAACUCCGGUUUCCCAGAGGUUAGCAUCUCCUCCGUCAAAUUCACAAUCUUACAGGCAAACUACCCUACCUCCCGUAUCAUAAAACUCGCUAGAUCGGAGUAUAUAACCGAUGUUUGUCCCCAAAACCCAUUAACUGAACCUUUCAACGAAAACGUCCUUCGACUGGUCUCUGGCACCGAGCUGCUGACGAUUUAUUACGAUUGCCAAGAAUUUCGAACUUCAACUUAUGUCGGGGAGCUUACUUGUGAUGAUGGACGAAGUUACUAUGUUACAAGAAGCCUCUCGUCCCCUCUACUUGGAGGGAUGAGAGACCUUUUAAACGGCUUCAGUGGAUCGUGCGAAAGAAACGUCAGUAUUCCCGCAUCUGGACCAGCGCUGAAUACACUACAAAGCAAUCCCAGUCAAGAUAAUUUUAGAAAAGCUCUUAGAGAGGGUUUCGAGGUUGGACAAAACCGAGAAUGUUUGAGGUGCAUGGACUCUGGGGGUGCUUGUGGUUAUAAUCAGACAGUAAUCUUAAGUGAAUUCGUCUGCUAUUGUAUAGAUGGGCCUCAUAAACAUACUUGCCGUUCUACAAACCGCCUCUCCACUGGACUGAUAAUAGGCAUUGUGGCUGCUUGUGGAUUGGCGGUCAUUCUUGUAGCCGUAGGUUUGUUCUGUCUCAUCAGGCGGAGAAGAAAGACACAGUCAGAUCAGUGCACAAGCAAAGACUUGCCAGUAACUUCUUAUUCAAGCAGAGAAGCAUCAAGCUUUCCGACUUCCACAACAUACUCCAGCAGCAAUCACUCUCUUCUUGCCUCAAUCUCCAACGUCGCAAACGGAAGCACCUACUUCGGAGUUCAAGUCUUCAGCUACGAAGAACUCGAGGAAGCCACUGAGAAUUUCUCUAGAGAGCUCGGAGAUGGCGGCUUCGGUACAGUCUACUACGGCUUGUUGAAAGAUGGACGAGCUGUAGCAGUGAAACGACUCUACGAGAGGUCGCUGAAACGCGUUGAACAGUUCAAAAACGAGAUCGAGAUCUUGAAAUCGCUGAAGCAUCCGAAUCUCGUGAUCCUCUACGGAUGCACAUCGAGACACAGCAGAGAGCUUUUGCUCGUCUAUGAGUAUAUCUCAAACGGAACCCUCGCCGAUCAUCUUCACGGCGACCGUGCUGAAUCUCGUCCUCUUUGUUGGCCGGUUCGUCUGAACGUCGCGAUCGAAACCGCAAGCGCUUUAACAUUCCUCCACAAAUCAGGGAUCAUACAUAGAGACGUGAAGACGACGAACAUUCUUCUAGACGAGAAUCACACCGUGAAAGUAGCUGAUUUCGGUCUCUCGCGGUUGUUUCCGACAGAUCAAACACACAUUUCCACGGCGCCGCAAGGGACUCCGGGAUACGUAGAUCCGGAGUAUUACCAAUGUUACCGUCUAAACGAGAAGAGCGACGUUUACAGCUUCGGAGUCGUACUCACCGAGCUCAUCUCUUCUAAAGAAGCCGUCGAUAUCACAAGACACCGCCACGAUAUCAAUCUAGCGAACAUGGCCGUUUCCAAAAUCCAGAACAACGCGUUGCACGAGCUCGUGGAUCCGAGUCUGGGAUUCGAGAUGGAUCCGGAAGUGAGGAAGAGGAUGAUGGCGGUGGCUGAGCUUGCGUUCCGAUGUUUGCAGCAGGAGAGGGAAGUGAGGCCGUCGAUGGAUGAGAUCGUGGAGAUUCUGAAGGGGAUCAAAGGGGAGAAGCGCGAUUCGGCGCCGGAUGUGGUGGAUAUUGAAGGAAGCGGAGGAGAUGACGUUGGAUUGCUGAGGCAUAGUGUUCCUCCGCCGAUUUCGCCGGAGACUGAUAAGUGGACGAGUAGUUCGGAUACGGCGGCGAGUUCGUUUUGAGAGAUUGUAUAAUUAGGGCUCAUCGGUGGUAUUAUAGUAAGUGGUUUUGCUUAACUUCUUUUAAUUUUUUUUUGGGGAUCGACUGUAUCAAAUGGACGUACUAGUUUUAUGUUACACUAGGAAAAAUUUCAAUGUUCCUGUUAUUUUAGGCCAAUAAACAUAAUUAUGUUUCAUAUAUGAGAAUUGCCUUCUAUAAUAUAAACAAAAUAUAAUUUUAUUUACUU